UAACCAAUGGCUCGGCUCCGCUGUUUAAAUAGACUCGUCCUGUCAAUCAUUUUCUCCUUCGUCAACCUCCCUUCAAUCGCCAUAUUGGGAACUGAGAAAAGGGCUCGUCUCGGCUUGUUUUUUUUCCCUCUCCGCCCGUACGACGUGGCCGUGGGGAGAGCGGCGGGGCCGUGCGGGCAGCGGUGGGGCCGUGCGGACAGCAGCGCGAGGGCGCCCCCGGGGCCGCGGAGGGCAGCGCCGCUCCCCGCUCGGCUGCUCCCCUCCGGAGCCGCCCGGGCUGCCCGGCGGCGGCUGUCGGGGUUCGGCCGGCCCGGCGCUUAUGCAAUUGCGCGCUGCCGCCUCUCCUCCGCGGGCCGAGGCGGGGCCGCAGAGAGGGGGCCGUACGGAGAGAGACCGCGGAGGGGAACCUGCGAGCGGCCGCGGGUAAGAAGCGGAGAGGAAGAGCGGGGAGAGCCGCGAGAAAACCCACCGCCAUCGGUGACGGCAGAAAGGGAGGGGGAGAUGUCAAACGUCCGCAUUUCUAAUGGGAGCCCUACCCUGGAGCGCAUGGAGGCGCGGCAGUCGGAGUACCCGAAGCCGUCGGCCUGCAGGAACCUCUUCGGGCCGGUAAACCACGAAGAGUUAAACAGGGACUUGAAGAAGCACCGCAAGGAAAUGGAAGAGGCAUGCCAGAGGAAGUGGAAUUUCGAUUUCCAGAACCACAAGCCGCUGGAAGGCAGGUACGAGUGGCAAGCCGUGGAGAAGGGGAGCUCGCCCGAUUUCUACUUCAGACCGCCGAGGCUACCCAAAGCCGUUUGCAGGUCCGUCGGCCGUCAGAGCCUGGAUGUAAACGGGAAUUGCCAAACCGCGAUUUGCGCCGCUUCUCAGGGAAUCUCAGAGGACACUCACUGUGUAGGCCGAAAGACUGAUGUUGCUGGCAGUCAGACGGACUUUGCAGAGCAGUGCGCCGGGCAGAGGAAAAGACCCGCCGCCGACGGGCGGAGGACUCGCGUUUCCUUGCUCAUCGGGGGGCGGUGAAGCCAGGAAGAUAUAAAGUUGUAGUAGAGAUGAAUACAUAUCGUCGGUCUCCGUGGGAUGGGGACCCUGUGCAAGCACUGAAAAACAACGACAGCAAAACAAAAAAAAAGCAGACAAUAACACUAAAAAUUUAGACACUCUUAAAAGACCUGCCUCUAAAAGCAUCGGAUGUAGCAUUGUGCAAUUAGGUGUUUCCUUAUUUGCUUCAUUGUACUACCUGUGUAUAUAGUUUUUACCUUAUGUAGCACAUAAACGUUUUGGGAAGGGGGGGAGAGGAAGAAGGUGACCGAUCGAAACUUGCUUUCGCCAUCUAGCAAGCAAAGAAAUGAAGAGAAGCAGUGUAGGCUUUUUAUUCCUUAAAGAUGUAUUGUCCCUUUAAGUGGGUCCCCUGUGUUUUUAUUUUUUCCUCGCACCACGGUGGUAGUGCUGCUCACAGCAGAUGCCUGCAGGCCGCCAUCAGAGCCCUCCCCUCUGUGCUGGGCUGAAGGGGUGGGAGGCGGGGUGAUCCCCCACCUUAAAUCCCUGUAUGAAAUUGGAAUGCCUCUACACUCUCACAAAUUCACCCCAUUUGCUACAUCGCUGGAUUUAUUAUUUUUUAUUUUUGGAAGGGUAUCUCCAGUGUUGCUGUUUUCUGACCUGGCCCACAUCCUUUCGUCCUUACGUGAGGGAAGGGGAUACUACAUCUUUAAACAGUAUUUCUACAUUGCCUGUGUACCUGUAUGUAAAAAUAAAAAAAGAAAGUUUGAAGUGUACCUGUGUACAUAACUCUGUAAAGACACUGAGAAAUUAUACUAACUUAUUUAUGUUUAAAAGAUUUUUUUUUAAUCUAGAAAACAGUAUUUUUCCCCAUAAAGCCAAAGCGGCGUGUUUUUGUGCAUUUGUAAAUGCUCUAUUUGGUAGACUUCUUAGAGGUUUUUUUUUCUUUUUUUUUUUUUUUUUUUCCUUCCUUCCUGAUAAUAUGGCUGUGCUUAAAGGAUUGCAGACUGAGCCAAUUCCAUAUUUUUUGUAAUGUUUGGGGAAAAAAAAAAAAAAAAAAAAGCAGAAAUACGGAUCGAUGUUGUUUCACGGCGAGCAAUCAAUAAAGAGAAGUGCCAUCUGU